AUGCGUCUUUCAGGCGUUGCUAGUGGACGGAACACUGCAACAUCAACGAGAGAGGGACCAGACUCUCACUCUGACAGCGGGAAGAGUCCUUCAGGGGAACCAGACCCAGAGACGCCCAAACCAGCAAGACAACACCACUGCUCCCAGUGUGGAAAGAGUUUUAAGGGGUUAAGGAACCUGAAUGUACAUGAGAGAACACAUACAGGAGAAAACCCUUAUGAUUGCUCCCACUGUAGAAAGAAAGAGAUGGUCUGCUGGACAGAGAAAGAAGCUCAGGGGCUGAACAUUGUUGUGAAAGAGGAGAAGGAAGAGGAGGAUGUUACUGUAAAACAAGAAGUAGAGGAACACCUCAAGAAACACCUGCAGAGAUCAACAGAGAAGAUAUCUCACUGCUGCUCUGACUGUGGGAAGAGAUUCACCUCCUCAGCAAGCAUUAAAAUUCAUCAGAGAAUCCACACAGGAGAGAAAUCUUAUAGCUGUGGGAGGAGUUUUACUCAGCUAAUCAUCCUGAUAUCACACCAGAGAACACACACAGGAGAGAAGCCUUAUAGCUGUGGUCAAUGUGGGAAACGUUUUGUUCAAUCUGGCCAUCUGACCGUACACCAGAGAACACACACUGGAGAGAAAUCCUAUAGCUGUGACCAGAGAAUCUGA